CCGCUCCGUGCCGGUUACCCUCGACGUUGUCCAACUGUCGCAACGCCUCGAGACGGAAGUGACAGGCGAGACAUGGUUGAGCAUCCGAACCGACCAUCGUCUCAUUGAACUCGUGGAGACCUGCAUAUGAUGGAGCACUCAUUAGACAAGCAGUGCUGCAGUAGAAUACCGUAGAUAUAAGCCACCCAAACUCAACCACGUUUACACGGCUCUUAGGAUAUCUCAUCCACAUUUAACAUCCAAAGGCUUUAUACUGUACCAAAACUUGGUAUUCAGGGUAUACGUUACAACAACACUCAAAAUGGUAAUCAACAGUGACGCAAAGGCUGCUGCCGUGGUGAUCGAGUCACACACCUACGAAUUUAAAAAGCUGGGCACCACGGAACACAAUGCACCCAAGCCAGCCGGCCCCAACGCACUAUUUGCCAAAGAAGGUACCACCUACGGAGACUGGCGAGAUGAUCUGACUCGGGACGGUUUCGUUGUAGUCAAGGGUGCUGUUCCCAAGGACCGUAUUGAGCAAUAUGGCGAGGAUAUGAUGUCCUACCUUGAGACCUUCGCUGGCGGUCUGGGCUUCAAGCGUGACGAUCCCUCCACCGUCAAGGAGGAGAACCUGCCCAUAAUUACUGAAAAGGGCAUGAUUAUUGGUUAUGGUGUGACCCAUGAGUCCUUCACAUGGGAAAUUCGACAAGAACUCGGUGUUGUCGGGGCUUUCGAGAAGGUUUACGACACUCCUGACCUGAUUGUUUCUUUCGACGCUGUCAACACGGCCUUUCCCAACCGCACAGACAUCAAACCCAACAAUCCUUGGCCUCACCAGGACCAAGACCCCGAGAAGCCUGGUUUCCGCUGCCUUCAGGGACUUGUCAACGUGUUCCCCAAUGGUGACAAGGACGGCGGUCUGAUCGUCUGCAAAGGUGCCCACCGGCUCAGCGAAGAAUUCCACAAUGAGUUCAAGAAUGAGCCCAACAAAAUCUGGAGCUGGACAAAAGAGUGGUACGGCUUCACCGGUGAAGGCAUGGCUUGGCUCAAGAACAAGGGCUGCGAGUGGAUCAAGGUCAAUGCCGGGCCCGGCGAUCUUUUGCUCUGGGAUAGUCGUACUCCCCAUUACAAUCUCAGCCCGGAAGGCACCAUCCCACGCUUCUGCGCUUACACCUGCUACAUGCCGGCUGCUGAUGCCAGUCAAGAGGAUUUGAUCAGGAAGAAGAGCGCUUUCGACAACUUGCAGGGAACCACUCACUGGCCCAACGCCAUGCACGUUGGUGGUAUUCCAGUUAAGAGAAAUGGCCAAGAUUGUCCGUACAACACUGGGAAGCCAAGGAAGGCACCUGAAUUGACUGAGAGGGGCUAUCGUUUGACCGGUAUUCCAUAUAUUCAACCAACUGCUGCUUAG